AUGGAUUCAACACUGACGGGAGAUGAAAUAGUGAUAUCAGGUAUGGCUGGAAGAUUUCCGAACAGUGCUAAUGUUAACGAACUGCGAAGCAAUCUACUAAAUAAAAUAGACUGUGUUGGCGACUGUAAAGCACGUUGGAACUAUGAACAUUCACAAAUUCCACCACGUAUCGGUACAAUGAAAGCUCUUGAUACUUUUGAUAAUGUAUUUUUUGGAGUUAAUGGAUUAUUGGCAGAGUAUUUGGAACCUAUGGUAAAAAUAUUUAUGGAAAUUAUCUACGAAGCCAUUACUGAUGCUGGAAUUAAUCCAAGGAAAUUAAAAGGGAGUAAGACGGCAAUUUUUACUGGAAAUAGUCUAUCAGAAUCAGAAAAAACAUUCUUCUACGAAAAAUGUCCGAAAUUGUGUCAAGAAAAAUGUUUGGCAAAUGAUAAAAUUAUUCUUCAGAUUAAUGGAUAUAGUUUACAAGGUCUAGUUCGUUCAAUGUUGGCAAACCGAUCUUCUUUCUAUUUUGAUUUAACUGGACCAAGUCAUAAUUUUGAUUCUAAUUGUUGUUCGGGUGCGACUGCUCUUCAGGCAGGUUUCAUGGCAAUUAAAUCAGGCCGAGUCGAAAGCGCUAUUAUUGGUGCCAGCAAUAUUAUAUUACAUCCACACACAUCCCUACAAGAACUUUUAUUAGGACUUUUGUCACCGGAUGGCAUAACAAAAACAUUCGACAACAAAGCUGAUGGUUACACUCGCAGCGAAGCGAUUGUAGUUUAUUUCCUACAAAAGGCUCGUGACGCAAAACGCAUUUAUGCGGAAGUAAAGAAUAUUCAGACUGGUUUUACAAAUGUCUGUAAUGAUCAAUUUCUUCAAUAUCCAAAGUGUGAUUCUCAGGUAGAAUUGAUGAGAAGAACCUUGAAAGAGUCUGGCCUUUCUGGUAAAGAUAUUUCGUUUGUCGAAGCAGACGGUUCAGGAAUUAAGGAUGUGGACGCUGAGGAAGUAAAAGCAAUCGAUGAGGUUUACAAUGAGGGACGUAAAUCACCACUUUAUAUUGGAUCUAUAAAAUCUAACAUUGGAGCUUGUUCAUCCGCGAAUGCACUUAACGGAAUUAUGAAGAUUAUAACAGCUAUGGAAUCGGGAUAUAUUUCACCAAAUCUGCAUUUCGACACACCUUCUGAUAAAAUUCCUGCUCUAAAAGAAGGUAGAUGUAAAGUUGUAACGGAAUUAACUCCUUGGACUGGUGAUUAUGCGGUCGUUAAUAAUUUAGCAUUCAGUGGUGGAUGCUCUAAUAUUAUACUAAAAGAUUUCAAGAAGGAAAAGAAAAAUAUGGGAAAACCUGAUGACAGUCUUUCAAGAUUAGUUAUAGCAUCAGGACGGACAAAAGAGACUGUUGACUAUCUUCUCAACGAUUUGGAAAACCGACCUGUGGAUGUAGAAAUGCUUCAGCUUCUGUACGAUAUAUUUGAAACUGAAACUUCAAAUCAUUUAUAUCGUGGUUAUACAUUAUUACCUCCUACCGGAUUGCCAAAAACUAAAUUGAGAAAUAUUCAACAUUAUGUUUCGGGUGAAAAAAGGGAGGUUUGGUACAUGUUUUCUGGCAUGGGAUCUCAAUGGGUGGGAAUGGGAAAGGCUUUAUUACAAAUACCGGUUUUUGAGAAAGCGAUUAAAAAAUGCGACAAAGUUCUUAAGCCCCGUGGUAUAGACAUCGUGCACAUAAUUACAGACAGUAAUCCCAAAAUGUUUGACAACAUUGUUAAUUCUUUUGUUGGAAUUGCUGCUAUUCAGGUUGGUUUAGUAGAUGUCUUAGAAUCAGUAGGGCUGAAACCAGAUUUCCUAAUAGGUCAUUCAGUUGGAGAGUUAGGUUGCGCGUACGCUGAUGGAUGCAUAACAGCAGAGCAAAUGGUUCUGUCUUCAUUAAGCAGAGGUUUAGCUUCAGUAGAAACGAAAAUGCCAAGAGGUUCCAUGGCAGCAGUUGGUCUCGGUUAUGAAGAACUUAAAAAUCUCUGUCCUCCAGAUAUUGAUGUAGCUUGUCAUAACAGUUCAACCAAUUCCACUAUCAGUGGUCCUGAAGAAUCUAUGAAAACCUUCGUAGCACAAUUACAAAAAAAGAAAAUUUUUGCUAAAGAAGUGUCAGUCAGUAAUAUAGCCUACCACAGUCGGUACAUUGCCCCAGUUGGUGCAAAAUUAAGAAAUUAUCUUGAUGUGAUAAUUUCUGAUGCCAAACCUAGAAGUAAACGUUGGUUGAGCAGUUCGGUACCACAGGACGAAUGGGAUUCUCCUAAGGCUCAACUGUCGUCUGCAGAAUAUCAUACAAAUAACCUUCUUAAUUCUGUCCUGUUCGCUGAAGCUGCGAAGCUUAUUCCGCCUAAAGCAAUUGUUAUCGAAAUUGCACCUCACGGUCUUUUGCAGGCCAUCGUUAGGAGAUCAUUGCCUGAAGAAGUUAUUAACGUACCUUUGACGAGAAGAGACCACUCUGACAAUGUGCUAUUUCUCUUUGAAGCGUUGGGUAAAAUAUACAAUGCCGGCUGUACUGUUAAUGUAUCAAAUCUUUAUCCGAAAGUAAGCUAUCCAGUAUCGCGAGGAACACCAUCAAUUUCGCCUCUGAUUCAGUGGGAUCACUCAGUUAAAUGGACCUCUAGGACAAACAGCCAAGCGGGUUUAAUUAAAUUAGGACAAAUGAACUUUAUUGUAAAUUUAACAAACGACAAAUGGAAGUACUUAAAUAAUCACAGAAUUUAUAGUACAACUGUAAUUCCAACAUCUCUGUACUUAAAACUUGCCUGGGAUGUUUUAAACAGUUUUCAAACUAAUCCCGAAUCCUCAGUCAGUUACACAGACGUAAUAACUCAUAAUCAACUAAUCUUACCAUUUGACGAAAAUAUUGAGUUAAUAACCAUGGUUCAAAAAGGUUCUGGUUUCUUCCAAAUAACCAAGGAUGACAUUUUACUGUGCUCUGGAACAGUGCAAAUGACUGCUAAGAAAAAUAAAAAUCCUACUUAUGUUAAUAAUGAUGCAAUGAAUCAUGAGAAUCUUAGUAGUAACGGAGUUUACACUGAAUUAAAGAUGCGAGGCUAUGAAUACUCAGGUCCCUUUAGAUCAAUUCGUAAAAUAUCAACAAAUGGUUCCAGUGGAAUAUUAGAUUGGAAAGAGAAUUGGACAACGUUUUUGGAUGGAAUGCUUCAGAUGUAUGUCCUUGGAAAUGACACUAGAAAGGCACAAGUUCCAUUUAAAAUCAAAAACAUCUUUAUUGAUACGAAACUGCAUGAAGAAAUUAUCAACAAGACAAGCGAAGUACCAGUAACAGUUCAUAGAAUACUGGGAAAUAUUAGGGCAGGAGGGGUUGAAAUAGAAGGAAUUAUUCUUGAAUCUUGCGAAAUUAGACGGAAUAGACAGAAUAUUCUUACAGAAGAAAUUUCCCCUGGUACAAUUGUGGGAACGUUCGAACAUUUACCCCUUGGUUUUAAACUUCAGCUAGUCUCGAACUGGAAAGCAGGACAGCUAAACGAUUUCGAUUUGAAUUCAAUUUCUUGGAUUGAAGAUCCACCAACGAAGGUUGGCAAUAAAAUCAAAGUCGAAUACUCUUCGGUUAAUGAAGAAGAUAUUCUGUUAGCAAAGACUAACAUAUCUUUAGAAGACCAUGAAGGAAAUAGACUCGAAACGAAGUUAUUUGGUCAAGAAUAUUCUGGAAUUGAUUCACAAGGAAAUAGACUAAUGGGAAUUGUAAGAAACACGGCACUUUCAAAUUACAUAACACCUGAUAAUGAUUUCACUUGGAAAAUACCGGAUAAUUGGUCCAUGGAAGACGCUGCGACUGUACCUCUAGCAUACGCAACUGCAUAUUCGGCUUUGAUGAUAAAGGGAGAAUUACAAACGAAAGAAAAAAUUUUCAUCUACAACGGCGCUUGUUCUAAUGGACAAGCUAUUGUUAAUCUAGCAUUGGAUAUUACAUCGCAAGUAUUUGUUGGACUCAUUGAUGAUAAUGACAAAGAAAAGCUGAAAAAUAUCUUUCCUAAUAUUCCAGAAGAACAUUAUAUCAGUGGAUCGCAAUGUUUUGCAGAUCAACUCUUAGCACGAACGGAAGGCAAAGGAGUUGAUCUGCUUGUAUAUAAUGGAAACGAUUUGAGUCAAGUUGAAACUUGCAUGUAUUGUAUGAAAAAAACCGGAAAAGUUAUUGUGGUAGAAAAUGUUAAAGACACAUUUUUGAAAUCAUGUCAAUCAGAUAAAGUUGGAUUGCGAAAUUUUUUGAGUGAAAUUUAUCUCUUCUCACUAGUACCAAUGGAAAUAAUUAACCACGAUCGAGCUAUAAAGAUAAAAGUGGCUAAAUUAAUUCAGGAGGGGUUAGCAAACCAAACUGUUAGACCACUACCCAGAUUGGUCUACUCAAGGGAAAGGCUAAAUGAUGCCUUUAGUGAUAGGACUUCGAAAGGUUCUUUUCAAAAAAUACUCGUGAAAGUACAGCCAGAGGAUAAAAGCAAUAAAGCCCUGACAAUACCUCGUUUUUUGUGCAAAAGCGAAGCCUCCUACUUGAUACUUGAAGGAUUUGGUGACUUUGGACUGGAACUCGUCAACUUCUUAGUAGACAGAGGUGCUAAAAAUAUUGUCAUAGCUUCCGAAUUAAAAAAUACCGGAAGUUUCAGUAAACACCGGAUUAAUUUUUGGAAACGUUCUGGAGUAUUAGUUACAGUUCGAGAAGAAUUGGAUUUUACGAAUCUUCAAAAUAUAAAAUCUCUUCUUGAGAUUGUUAACACACUCGGUACAGUCGAUGCAAUUUUCGACCUUCAACGCCUUGACAAUUCAUCUAAAAGGUCCUCGAAAUCGAAAUACUUGUUCACCAACCAUCUCUUUGAGGAAUCUAAAAAAAUGUGUCCUUAUUUACAACAGUUUUUGGUAUUUUUAACUAAGAAACAUAUCGGAGAAAGUGUUGACGAUACCUUGUCAGAGGAUUUUGAUUUAACACAACUUGUCCUACAAAAAACGAAUCGAUUUUCUGGACUUUUGAUUCUUCUAGGACCAAUUUCUGGUUUUGAGGAAAAAACAACUGAAAAUGAAAAAAAUGUACCUCUAUUGUCUAUUCCUGAUAUUAUUGAACAAAUGGAUAAAAUAACUAUGUCGAACGCGUCCAUUGUAUCUAUUUACCAUAAAUUAUUAAAUAACGAUUUCGAGAAGAAUACAAAAGAGAUCGUUGUGAUUGAAGAAUCAGAAAGGGAAAAAUUUGAGAAAUACAUUAAAACACCUCUAACCAUAGCACCAAAUUGGAGACAUCAAAUUCCAGAGGAAUAUUUUUAAUUAUUUUCAAUAAUUUUUAUUUUCUAAUUUUCAUGUUUAUAUGAUAAACAUUUUAUAUCAAUAAAAUAUAAAUACACAUUCAA